AGUGCUUUAAAAAAAUGAAACAACAAAAGAACAUUGGCCCCAUGAGAGAGGCGUCAAAAUCUUGGAGUGCUAAAAGGAAACUUGUCCUUGAAAGCGCCACAGAUGAAAACAAGCCACCUUCCAAAUGUCAGACAAGAGGUGCAAAGGCUGCCAUGUUACAAGAAGAGUCUGUUCCACAUGGAACCCGCCUUAUUGAUCUAGACGUCUUCCAUCAAAAUAUCAAACAGUGUCACUUUUGCCAUUCAGGUCCACUGUCAUUUUGCAAUGUGAAGAAUGAGAUUCAACAUGGCCUAGCCGGUACAUUCUUGAUACCCUGCUCAUUUUGUGGCAAAACCAAUGAGAUUUAAACUUCUGGGGAACAAAAAAGUGG